GAAGCGAUGUUAAAGACGACACGAGAGUGCAGAACCUAACCCUAACCUGUCGUUAUAUUGUUAGUAAACAAAUAUGAAAUGUUCGUGACAGCCGCGCCAAAAAAUGAAGAGAGUCAAAGUCGUGCCGGACAGACCGAAUCGUUUGUUCGAGACCUGGUUAGAAGAAUGGGAAAACGAAGCGGCGCGUCGAAAGUCCGAAUUGCGCUAUCAUUUUGCCAAGGCUCUCAGUUCGCUGAGAAAAUAUCCGCUGCCGUUGGAAUCGGGUAGAGAAUGUAUAAUUCUGCAACACUUCGGUACAAAAUUGUGCUCGAUGCUGGACAAAAAGUUGGAAGAGUAUAAGAAACAAUCCUCUAAGGUGGUCGUUACUUCUGGAUCCAGCGCUAACGAAGACUAUACAUCGACUUUGAUACAAAAACAGGUGGACGAAAACAGGAUUGUUGAAGAGAAAACAACAUUAGCCAAGCAAGCAAGAACUGCUAAAAAGAAUGCAUCUAAACAAUUAGUAAACAACACCAAUCAAAUUGCAACACAGAAUGAUAGAGUUGAAAUUGUGUUAGAACCUGGCACUUUUGAUAUUAUAUUACUGGUGGACACUCAGGAAACUUGUGGUGGGAAAACAAAGCCUCAACAUGAUAAAACACUUGCAGAAUUGGAAAAAUUUGAUUUGCUAUUCGAAGUGCGUCGUUUAAAAGUUGGUGAUUUUGGUUGGAUCGCCAAAUGUAGAAAAACCAGCUACGAACUGGUUCUGCCUUACAUAGUGGAAAGAAAACGAAUGGACGAUUUGAGUGCGAGCAUUAUAGAUGGGAGAUUUCACGAACAAAAGUUUCGUUUGAAGCAAUCUGGUAUUCAACAUCUCAUGUAUAUAGUAGAGAAUACGGAUAAAAACACUAGAUUUUCUAUACCACUCUCGUCGUUGUUACAAGCUUCUGUCAAUUGUCUGAUUCAAGAUGGUUUCACCGUAAAGCAUACAAAAAGCCACAAAGAUUCUAUGUUAUAUCUAUCGUAUGUAACAAAGACUAUAAUUAAAAGCUUCAAGAACAAAAGAUUAGUCGGAUGCAAGAAGGACGAAAAUCCUUCUCAAAUUAUUUCUUUUACCACAAUACCUCUCAUGGAGUUCAAGGAAUUUAACAAGGCGUCUUCCAAACAGAGAACAUUCAAAGUGAGCGAAAUGUUCAUUCGUCAAUUAGUACAACUGAAAGGCAUGUCCGUGGACAAAGCCAUGGCGAUUGUAGAACGUUAUGCCACACCGCGGAAUCUGGUUACAGCUUUAAAAAAUAAUGGCAGGAACGGAGAGCAAUUACUGGCCAACAUUCAGUUCGGUGAUAAGAAGCGACAGCUCGGACCCACUAUCAGCAAAACCGUUUAUCAGUUUUACACAAUGAUGAAUCUCAGUUAAAAUAAA